AUGGAGUACGCUCAGGAUAUCUCCGCCGCCGACUGGACCUUUCUGUCCUGCUCCCACAACAUAGCACGCAUGUCCCAGGUUACUGCGAUGUCCGCUCGCGAUGAAGACGCGGAGACGACUCCUGCUCCGCUCACGUACUACUGGAACACCUCAAAUGCCUGCGACCUCGACGACUGCGUUGCACGCCUUCGCCGAGAGGUCUCUCUCCCGGACUCAUCUGUUCGCUGCAUCGGCUUUGACCUCCGGAACGUCAACCUCAUUGUGCCGCACGCCGAUAUCCUGUUCCGUCUCAAAGGGCUGAGCUGCGCCGCAUUGCUCUUCCACGGUCGUUUGGAUCUUGGACCGCUGGAGGACGUCUUGGAACGCUCGACCUCUCUAACCACGCUCGCCCUCCGCUACCGGCCCCCGCCUGGUCUCCUUGCUCGCGCGGGGCUGUAUCACCACCUAAUUCACCACAUCAAGUCUAAGACGUCGGGUUUCCCCAUGCUGGACGAUGUUACCACGCUCUUCCUGCGUGUCGACGGAUACUGUCUCAACAUUACCGACGUUACCGACACCAUCCUCGCGUUUGGAUCCCGUCGGCUGCUCCCCAGGCUGAGUGUUGUCCACAUCUUUGACUCGCCGGGCGAACUUCCGGAAGGCGUCAUACGAAAGUGGAUAAAGAAUUUACAACAGCUCAUCCGCACCGCCGACAAGGAAGGACCCCGUUCCCUUGCUUGCAUAUCCUGGGGACGUUGGAUAAUCCACCGGGAGUAUCAUUACUGCAAGAGGGAGUAUACCUUUGAGCGAUGGGAGGUGCAGGACGAGGUGAACGCCCUUACUGAGGCUGGUCUUGGUGGGUUGUGGGGGCCGCUCCUUGAGACCAUGUAUUAG